AUGUCGCAACAGACGACGACGAGAGAACGAUUUCAAAAAGCAAAGUGGGAACAGUUUUGCGCGCACUUUAAUAACAAUCUAAACGUUUUCCUCAACUUUGAUGAAAACCAGUGGACGAUUGAAACGAAGCGACGGAAAACGGGGCACUCGGAAGGGAGCUUCGACGCGUAUUAUUUAUUUUGCGCCGAGGAGACACGAGGGAAAACGAAGCGAUUUCGGAGCUUGAAAGAGGUGGAGAGGAAGUUAAGAGAAGACGCGCGAGAAACGAAGGAGAAGAAGACAUCGACAGAGAAACACUCAUCAUCAUCAUCACCACCACCACCACCGUUCGUCGUCGAAGGAGAACAACAAGAAAAACAACAACAACAACGGAAGAGUUGCGGAAGAAGAACUGGUGGUUUAACGAGUAGUUUUCGAGAGGACGAGAUGAAGUUUAAGAGCGCGAUGGAUGACGAGGAGGAAGAAGAGGAGGACGAGGAUGACGAGCCGGUGUGCCCGAGCGCGUUCUUAAAAACGACGACAAAAACGAUGGGAGGAGGGAGAGGAGGAGGAUUAGGACGAGCGAAAGUGCUCGCGAAUACGACGCCGAGUGGCGCGCAGCAACAGAGACAGAGACAACAACAACAACAUCAUCAACGCGCGUUUCAUCCGAGUCGGCCACCUUUUCAUCACAGCAAUAAUAAUAAUAAUAACAACAUUAGUAAUAGUAAUAAUAAUACGAGCGCAAAGACGCACAGCAGAUUGCACAACUCCUUCGUCGCGAAUUCGUCGAGGUUAGAAGUUGCCGCCGUUCGCGACGAUGAAAGAAGAAUAACGAAACGGAAUCAAAAUGGAAAGAGAAAAGAAACGGAGGAAACGAGAGGGCAGGAUUGGAGGAUAUCCAAUCCAUCCGAUGCCGAGGAAUUACUCGAGAAGAAAAGAGAGGAGGAUCCAGAAGUUGCUCGCGAGCAUCGAAUGUUGAAAGAGCGCUUUAGCGGAAAGAGUGUUGCUAAUACUGCUAAUUCUAUCAACAACAACAACGACAACAACAACACCCAGAAAGAAAACAACCAAAGACAAAGACGACGAGAAAGGAACGCUUUGCCGUCCAAGUACGAACACUUGGCGCUCGUGUUCAACGGAUUGAAAAUGUACAGAGAGUUGUUGCGAAUGCGGAAUAGCGCAGAAACGGUGGAGAAUAUAUGCGCGUGCGCGAAAAACUUAGUCAAAAGAGACGUGCGCUUUGAGCAUUUGCGAAAGAUAGAGACGAUUAGACCUGGAACGUUUGCGUUUACGAAGAGGAAGAGAGACGCGACGAAGAACGCGGUGGAUGAAAAACAUCGCCCGGAGGAGGGACGAACGUUUGUCGAUCCAAAAAGCGUGCGAUUAGAGAUUUUAGAAGAGAGAGUAAUGAAGAGAGAAAGUGUGGACGGCGAAGACGAAGACUGCAACGGUGACGAGGAAGAGAACGGCAAAAAAGUCGUAAAGAAGAGAGAAAAAAGUUCACUUUUGAUGUCGGAGAAAGAGCGCGAACGAGCGAGGGAAGCAGAUUUCCACUCGCGCUUGAUGCGACUGUGCGACGAGGCGCAUGUCGCGUUUUGUCGAAAUCACGGUAUCGUCAUUUCCCCGUCCUCGAACGUAUCAGAUCAAAUGUUAUGGCACGAAACGUUCGACGUCGAACGUGAGGCGCCAGAUAUCGCCGAGUGUGCCGUACGGGACGCGCCUCCUUUGAUGCCACCGGCAGGAGGAACCGCCGCUGCCGCUGCGACUACUACUACUACGACGGCGACGACGAGCGCACCAUCGUUGAUGUUGCUUCACACGCCCAAGCCACCAUCUUCGACGCCGUCCACCGGGACGUAUCCACUCACCCCGUUAAUUAUGACAACUGCGACGAAAAAGAAAGUCGUCACUGAGCGCGACAUCGACGAAGAAGUUCGGCGGAUGCAGAAGGAGAAUGGCGGCGUUUGCGAAGACGACGACAACCUCGAAAACGACGACUAUCUCGCCGGUAAUAUCAAUAAUGCAUCCGCGAAUGACGGUAAGGACUCGACAACCACCAUCGGCGUCUCUCGCCAAGCCAUCCGCCGCGUCCUCGAACGGAAAAUCGAAAAAGAUCUCCUCCACUCGCCUUCCGCCGUGGCGCUUCGCGCGGAGAACAAAAUCAAACAAAACCUUCCGCGAAUCUUCGAUCUCGUCCACUCCCUCUUCGCCACCUCGCGCAAACGUGCUUUCGCCUUUGACAUCCUCCUCCACAAAACCCACGAGCAGUUAAACGCGAAAGAUAUUGGCGGCAUGUUUUACAGUCGAGACGAAAUCGAAGAUUGCUUGCGAACGUUGGCGAAAACGUGUUCGGAAUGGUGCAAAAUCGAACGAGCGCAGGACGGCGAGGAGCUCUUUCGAAUCGUCGUCGGAUCGUCUUCCAGUCGGUCUCUCUCUGACCCAUCCUCAUCUCCGUCGUUAACGCCCUUCUUCUCCGGAGGAGCAGCAGCGGCAGCAUCUCGAGGACGAGGACGACACUUAAUGGUUAGAAAAACAACAACGUUCCUUCCUCCUCCUUCGUCCUCCUCUUCUCCGAGAAGUAGACAAAAGCCGACGUCGACGACGAAAGAGCGAGAAGAAAACGACGACGCCGGUUUCACGCCGACGACGAUUCAGACGAUAAACCCGAAGAAAAGAUCCUCCUUCCCUUCAAACUCCAUCUUCGUCGGAAGCAACAACAACAAAGAAUCGUCGUCGUCCUCGCCCCGCGACGGGGUUGCGAAAAGGGUCAAACAAAAGCUCCUCCUCGAAGCCGCGCCGGCGUUCGUUCUCGGAGGAGGAAAAUGA